AUGGCAUUCAGCUUCUUCAAGAGUGGCAUUCAUUCAUCGCAGUUCCGCUACAUGGUCCACAGUAACAACUGGAUGACAUACAACGAACUCACGAAAUUGGCUUCUAUUCAUGCCAAAACCGAACACUUCAAUUCCAAAGGGGAGCCUUCGGCUCCAAGUCGCCCAUCGGCACCAUCUGAUCGGCCCAAGGAACAAGCCCACCAUCGCUUCCCAUCUGCUCCAACUAACCAACCCCUCCCCUUUCGAACGGCACCCCCGGUGUCAACCCCUUUCACGGAAGGCAAGAGGAAGGAUGAAUUUCAGAAUCGGCAGAAUGGGAACAAGGGUGGCAAAGACCCUGAGGGCCGAGUCAACUUUAGAGAUCCGAAGGAUCGGCAGGCUGAGGCUAGCGCUAACCGGAAUGAAGGCUCUAUUGUCUCCACACAUGCUCCUCCUCAAAUUCCCAACGCUUUCUGGAAUCGGCCAAGUGUGAGGGGACCAAUUGAGCGUACGGACGUGUUACAUAUCGGUAACCAAGGAAUCGGCAAGGGCAACACGCGAGUCCUUUUCAGUCUCAACCUUGACACUGCCGAAUGGCAAGGAUCCAAUUCGGAAGUGUUCGCCUGGUCCUAUGACGAUAUGCCAAGCAUCUACUCGGACGUCAUCAGCCAAAAGCUCAGCAUCAACCCCUCUUUCAAGCCGAUCCGACAUAAGCUUAAGGUAGACAAGCUUCAGGCAAUCGGCUUCAUCCGAGAGGUGACCUACCCUAUCUGGCUCGCCAAUUCGGUCCUUGAUAAGAAAGUUAGUGGAGCCUGGCGAAUGUGCCAGGAUUAUACGAAUCUAAACAAGGCAUGUCUGAAUGAUAGCUUCCCGAUACCAGGAAUUGACCAACUGGUGGACGCCAAGGCUGACCACGAGCUCCUUAGCUUCAUGGACGCCUAUUUAAGCUAUAACCAGAUCUUCAUGCACCCUGUCGAUCGCGAGCAUACGGCAUUCAUCACCGACCGCGGCCUCUACUGCUAUAAUGUCAUGCUGUUUG